UGUCUUGCUGCAGGGAGGAGCGCGGCGGAGCAUCCGACCAACUGCAUCCGAGAAACAGGCAAACACAGCACUUUUGGGGGUUUGCGUCUCUGUGACAACAUAAUGAUUUGAAAGCGGCAAUGGUCGUGAAAGGAAGCUGUUCAGCAUCGUACAGUAACUGACCAAAAUAACGGUCAUAUCUGUCUAGCUAUUGUCAAAAGGUAGAGCAUCUGUUUCCUGCACCAAGGAAUGCCCAGCACAGCAAAUCCCUGGUGAGAAGAGCGAGAGAGAGGAGGGUGCGUCCGAUAAUGCCCUUUAACUGAGAGGCACGGAGCCAUCGAGGGAGGAGCCAGCAGCCAUGUUGCACCACCACCAGCGGGGCCCCCAGGGCCGGGCCAUGGGCGCCGAGGAGAGGAGCUCCACCCCCCUCCACAAGGCCUCCACGGCCACGCACAAGAGCGCGUCCUCCUCCUCCUCCUCUCAGCGGGACAGCCGACAGGAGACAGACAGCUGGGAAAUCAUCGAGGGGUUGAAAAUUGGCCAAACCAACGUCCUGAGACCAGAGAAACACGAAGGCUUCAUGCUGAAGAAGAGAAAAUGGCCACUGAAAGGCUGGCACAAGCGCUUUUUUGUCCUGGAUAAUGGUAUUUUGAAGUACUCCAAGUCUCCCAUUGAUAUCCAGAAAGGCAAGCUGCAUGGCUGUAUUGAUGUGGGUCUCUCGGUGAUGUCAAUAAAGAAACGAGCCCGUCGGAUUGACCUGGAUACAGAGGAGCACAUAUACCACCUUAAGGUGAAGUCUCCGGACUUGUUUGACGCCUGGGUCUCCAAGCUACGGCACCAUCGCCUGUACCGCCAGAACGAGAUCGUCCGCUCGCCCCGCGACGCCUCCCUCCGCACGUUCCCUCCGCCCCCGGUCCAGGAGUCCCCCCAGCCCGUCCCCACCGCAGGGCACGAACCAAAGGUGGGCCCCUGUCCCCCGCACUUCUGCUUUACAGCUCCCAUUGUGGCAGCUGGCUCAGUCUGGGAGAUGGACAAGUGCGCUGAGGAGCUCGCUAACUGCCAGUCCAGUCUGAUGGAGCUCAGCAGGCUGCUGCAGAGCCUGGAGAUCCUGCAGAGGACCCAGUCUGCGCCCAACUUCUCGGACAUGCAGGCUAAUUGCAUAGAUAUGUCAAAGAAAGACAAGCGCGUGAGCAGAAGAUGGAGAACCAAAAGCGUGAGCAAAGAUGCAAAAAUGCAACUGCAGGUCCCGCUGAGCGCCUCCAUGUCUCCGAUGCGGCUGCACUCGUCCAACCCCAACCUGUGCGCCGACCUGGGCGACUUCCAGGCCCCGGUGGCCCGCCUGGCCGACGCCGUCGAGUGCGCCGCCGACUACAUCAAGCUGCAGGAGGACUUCUGCGUCAUCGCUCAGAAAGUUCACUCUCUCUUGAAGUCGGCCUUCAACACGGUGGCCAUCGAGAAGGAGAAGAUCAAAGAGCUCCUCUCUGAGCAGGACCAACCGGAGCAGGCUGGCCAGGUUAUGACCCUGAGGAGGUCUUUGUCGCAGGCGCUGACCCAGAACGUGGAGCUUCGAACCCGUCUCAACCGCAUCCACUCCGAGUCGGUCCUGUCGGAGCAGGUGGUCAGCGUGAACAUCAUUCCCAGCCCUGACGAGCCCGGCGAGCAGAUCCACGUGGGGAUCCCCCUGUCUCAGCAGGCCUCCAACGAGAGCAGGCUCUCCAUGUCCGAGUCCGUCUCCGAGUUCUUCGACGCCCAGGAGGUGCUGCUGUCGGCCAGCUCGUCGGAGAACGAGGCUUCGGACGAUGAGUCAUACGUCAGCGAUGUGAGCGAUAACAUUUCUGAGGACAACGCCAGCGUCACGGACAGCCUGUCCAGGCAAAUGCCGAACGGCGAGCUAGCCGGGAGCGGCUUCCGGAACGGGCGCCGCACGUGCCUCCCCGCCCCGUCCCCCGACAUCACCAACAUCAACCUGUGGAACAUCCUGAGGAACAACAUCGGGAAAGACCUUUCCAAGGUGUCCAUGCCCGUGGAGCUCAACGAGCCGCUCAACACGCUGCAGCACAUGUGCGAAGAGCUGGAGUACACUGAGAUUCUGGACAAGGCUGCAGACACCAUCGACCCCUACGAGCGUAUGGUCCUUGUUGCUGCUUUUGUAGUCUCUGGAUAUUCAUCCACGUACUACAGAGCAGGAAGUAAACCAUUCAAUCCUUUACUGGGAGAGACCUAUGAAUGUAUCCGGGAAGACAAGGGCCUCUGUUUCUUCGCUGAACAGGUGAGCCACCACCCACCCAUCUCGGCCUGUCACUGUGAAUCCAAAAAGUUCACCUUCUGGCAAGAUGUCAGAUGGAAGAACAAAUUCUGGGGGAAGUCCAUGGAGAUCCUGCCUAUCGGGACGGUCAAUGUCAUGCUCCCGAGGUUCGGCGAUCACUACGAGUGGAACAAGGUCACUACCUGCAUACACAACAUCCUGAGCGGGAGGCGGUGGAUCGAGCAUUACGGAGAGAUCACCAUCAGGAACAACAGGAGCAGCGCGUGCAUCUGCAAGCUCACCUUCGUCAAGGGGAACUACUGGAGCUCGAACGCGAACGAGGUCCAGGGCGUGGUGAUAGACCAGGAGGGGAAAGUGGUCCAUCGGCUGUUCGGCAAGUGGCACGAAGGCCUGUACUGCGGCGUCCCGCCGUCGGCCAAGUGCGUCUGGAGACCAGGGUCCAUGCCCACCGACUACGAGCUGUACUACGGCUUCACCCGCUUUGCCAUCGAGCUCAACGAACUGUGCCCGGAGAUCAAAGACCUUCUGCCGCCCACCGACGCCCGCUUCCGCCCCGAUCAGAGGUACCUGGAGGAGGGGAAGGUGGAGCAGGCUUCUGCUGAGAAGCAGCGCAUCGAGGACCUGCAGAGGACCAGGAGGAAGUGGCAGGAGGAGAACAACGUUAAACACCAGCCCCGCUUCUUCAAGAAAGUCAUCGAUGCCAAUCAAAGGGAGAGGUGGGUCUCCAACAACACUUACUGGGAACUCCGCAAAGCACCCGGGUUCAACAAGCUGGAGAACCCUCAGCUCUGGUAGCGUCCGACAGGCUGCGUCCAACAUAUCAUCUCAGACAAACAAACGCUUUUACCUAUGCACAGUUUUUGUUUUGAAUGCCCUCGUCAGUAAGACCACGACACACACGGGUACCUGGGACUGCGGAACCAGCAGAGGAAUAAACGCCGAACGACGUCCGUCACCGAAGCAGUCUCCCCUGGAUCACGUGACCCUCGCAGUGAAGUGGUCGUCUAGGCAGCGGUCUGACUCGUAGUUCCGUCCUCUCGCCCUUUUAUCCUCUGAGUAUGUCUUUGCCUUAAACAAAAAAAGUCUGUUAGCAGAAACGGCAGAACAUAUUCAGACACACCUCAUGUGAAGCUUUAGUGGAAGAGCUCGAUUCAGACCGAUGUUGCAAUCGAGCUGCUAGUUACUGGUAGCUAUUAGUAUUACACGCAUGUUAAGGCAGCUUUCAUUGCCAUAGGUUAAGACAAAUUCAUGUGGGCAUCACAAAUCAGUGGCAGUUAAAAAGAAAAUAAUGAAGAUACGUAAUAUUUAUGUAAAAUAUCAAACCUUUUUCUCAUUGAUUACAUUUGGUUGAGGAAUUCACAAAAUAGUCAACGCUUUUGUCAUUGGAGUAAUUUAUCUUAGAAAAGCUUUUGUUUAGCUGAAUAUAGCCCUAUACUCUUUAGGGACAAGCAGUUCCUCUGUAAAUAUAAUUUUAUUCCAAGAAUAUGAAUUGUCGGCAUUAUCAAUGAAACGAUUUAUAAUUUAAAGAGGCUGGAACCUGCGCGGUAUACCAUUGUAUGCUGUUAAUAGCGUUUCUCAAUCUCUCAUUGCACUUGAGAGCUUUGGCAGCAGUGAGUGACCGGCACAAAAUGAACCCCAACAUUUCCACAUCAUCACUGGUGCCCGCAUCACAUACAGUACUACUGAUUGUUCCAAUGCUUACCAUCGGAAGUAGUCUAUAAAAGUAGACUAUAGAAAUGAGCUAGGCCUAUUGGUAUCAGCCAAUCACUUAGAAUAUGGAAAUUGACCUGGUGUUGGUCCUUUAGCAAACGGAUCAUUACUGCACAGCCUGCCUGUGCCCUGGUCACUUGGAGCUAACCUCCAGCCCUGCUUAUAUGAAGAAUAACUCCACUAACUGCUAGUCUAUAAAUAAGAGACCGCGUGUCAAGUGCUGCUCUCAUGAUGUGGACGUAUUCCAGCCAAGAAUGUUUGGCAGCACGCAGGCUGUGAAUCCUUUAGGCCAAGCUUUAUACCCCAGACUUUAUUUGGAGCCCCUUAAUUGGAACUCCCCACCGUCAUCAGUUUCACCCCGACUACAUAAAGGGCAACGGUACAUUUCCUUCUUGAUUUCGGCUGAAGCCUUGCUGGGGAUUCCGAGAGGAACGGGUCCUCCGGCAGUUCCAGAUUUCCUUGGAAAACGGAACUUUCCUGUUCCGCGAGGGAAUCAGGUCGUACCACCCACCGCCGCUCUGUCUGGAGGUUAAGGUGUCCUCCGGUGUCUCGUUUCUUUAUUUAUGACCCUUGCUGUAGGGCCAAAUGUUUCCUCACGUCCCCUAGGCACUUCAGUGGAGUGUAAUACAGCAGAACAGCACCAUCUACAGUCACCUUUUAGGAAUGAGGAGAGGCGGUAGCAGUUUGGCAUGAGCGGCUCAACACAGAACGAGGCGAGAGCACUGUGUUUGAAGCCAAAGUGCGUCCCGUUACUCAUGAAUUUUAUGAUUAUAAAAGCAUUGUAGUGCUUCGUUUGAUUGUGUUUUUAGUAUGCUUUUUUUUUUCUUUUUUGGUCUGUCAGAUUUUUAAUUGAAUGUUAUUUUCAAAAGCCAAAGAAGUGCACACCCUUUUUUUGUUUUUAAGAUUACCAAAUGGGAAAGGGAAAUUAGUUUUAAUGUUUAAAAAUACAUUUUUCUGUCUCCCUGGAGAGUAUAUGGUUAAGAUCUAAAGUUUUAUAGGUACUUAAUGAAAAAGUAAAAAAUACUCUGGCCAACACUGCCUUCAUUUAAGUCCAACUGUAGAUUUAAGAGUUUGAGUCAAUUAAAUGUUCAGCGUGUAAAGGGAGGCUUGGCAAGUAAACUAUGAGCCAUCUAGAUACAUUUUAUGAAUUAAGCUCAUAUUAUUGUUAUCGUUUUGUGAUCUCAGUGAAUAAUGAAUGUGACAUUUUACACUGAAUUCACAUUUGAUGCUCGGGAGCAACCGAACAUAAUCCAGCUUUGAUUGAGGGGUGGGGGAAGGUUGUGAUUUUUAUUUAAAUCCAUUUUAUGAUUGGUGGUUUGUGAAGUCUAUUUAUUUUUUUUUUCAUCUCAGUGUGUAAAAGUAGGGACGCAUAGCUUCAUCCUGUAUGUUCUUUCACGCAUUCCAGCAGUGCAGCAUUCCAGCAGUGCAAUUCAGGUCACAGGAAAGAAUCAGUAAGCAGGCUCAGGCUGGCCUUGCGUAACCUGCGGGGACUUGAGCCCAGUUCAAAGCUUUUCUGUAGGAAGUAGCUUUCUCAGCAACAGUUCUAAUUGCUGUGCCUUAACACAUUGAGCCCUUAUACUUUACAUCACAUCAUGUCAUUUAGCAGAUGCAACUUAUCCAGAGCAACUUACGCAUACACAAUGCAGAUAGAUUCCCAACUUGUGCAAACAGGGAUCCUACAAGUUGAGCAUACUUGCACUUUAGGAGAAAUUAUUUUCACCCAUUUUCCUUUGGCCCAUAUUUUCAUUACUUGCUGGCAACCUGGGAAGCUGGUGUUCUUGGAUUCAGUUUUGCUCUGCAAAAAUGUGUAAAAACAGCCACCUAUCCUAAGUAGUGCUGUUCAGUAGCCUGGCAUUAGAAUAUUAGCAGUGUGGAUUUGGCUUCUGGAAACUAAAGGCUAGAGUCUUACCUUUGAAUUGAUCAUUGAUCUCAAUGUGUCUUUGCUGGUUUUUCUUUGCUAACUGUGAAGAGAUUCAUUUGCUGAAUAAUCUGUUCCAGUCAGCAGCUGGUUUCGUUUCUCUUUACAGUGUCUCAUGGAAGCCUUUGCGUUUGCAUAGAACCCCACCGCAUCAUAUCCUCAGAGAUGCCCAUGCACAUCAAUUUCCUAUUUGUUUUUUGGUCCCACAACCAUGACAUAUUGGCUCUGUACAGGCCAGUAAUGUGGGCAGACUGAUUUGAAGAUCUGUGAGUGCACCUCAGUACGCGCUGUUGCACUUUUCAAGCUCGUCCAGUACAGGCAUCUCUAAAGACAUAAGCGUUGUCUUUGAAAUUAUUAUUGUUUUCCCUAAGUGAAACGAAAUAGUUUUUAUUCUUAACCUGACUUAAAAAAAGAACACUACCAAAUGCAAAUAAGGCGAAGUGAUUCAGCUGCGAGUUUGUACUGAAUAUUAAUCCAAAUGCUUAAUAAUCCUUUUUUAAUCAUGGACCAGAAAGGAAAUCAUAGGGAGACCAAUGAUCAGUAAAAGGUAAGUUUUUAGUUGCCUUUGGCUUGUAUGUUGUUAGAUGCAGAAUUGUGGUUCUGUUGAAUUGAGGGUUAGGAAUUUACCUUGCCGUUUUGCAAGUUUCAGUUGUGGGGCUACUAGAGAAAAGAGGAAUUUACCGGUAUCACAGAUCUGUGGACUAUGCUUGAAUGGUGGACAACAGGAUUAUAAUUUUCCAGAAAUACAUUUUGCAUCUUCAUUUUUUUUCCACUUUAUUACACUUGUACAGAACCUGUUGGCACAUUGGAUUGGAAUGUACUCGCUUGUUGUACAACCACUGCUUUCCCACAACCUGUUCACAACCACUUGGUCCCUCCAGGUACUGGUAGCUCAGAUUCCCCAACACUCUGCCCGCACUGACAAUUCAUCAAAGGUUCUGGCUCAGUCUUCAUACUUGUUCCAUAAAGUCAUAACACAUUGAAAGUAGCAGCUGUAGAUUGUGUGGUUGUUAUGGCAGCUGUCAUGCAUUUGUUCAGAUGUUUACAAAGAUCCGAGAGUUUACAAUUUUAUGGUGGUUUCUUCUCCUGAGAUACAUGAUUCUACAGGCUGUGUGGUACCUUGACAUUUCACAUCUGUUGUGGCUAUAACAGAUGCAAUAAAAAAAGACUUGAAGAUGUUAACUGUGUGUGGAAGCCUAAGAUCAAACAUUUCAUUUUGAGAUGGUCAUGCUCAUCUUUGGAAAUAAAAAAUGCAUUCCAUGUUCCACAUUCCCAGAGCAGCAGACUGAGUAGAAAACUAAGACUUACAAAUUACCACUGCACCUACAUCUCACUGACUGCAGGACAAACAUCCAUUACACCCAUCAACUGUAAUGUUAAUAAUACUUGCAUGUGCAAAUGACAUAGCCUGCCAAUGAAUGUUGCAGAUGCCUUACGAAAGGUCCUAUCCUUUAGUUUUUCUUUUUCAGAUUGACCUGUGCCACUCUGUGGGUGCAGUGUUGCGCUGUCCGCUUAGUUAUUUAAAUCCAUUUUCUAAUGGGUUUCUUUUGAAGAAGUGCAAUUGUAUAAUGACAUACAUAUCUUUUCAUGAACACUGUACACUGCUGCUAUAUAGUGCUUGUUCUAAUAAAAACAAAAACAAGAA